AUGACAAACAGCGUCCCUGCUAAUGGGAUACUCUGUAGAGCUGUUGAAGAAAUUUAUGUGGAAUCGUCACUGGUACGAAAUUUGUACGUCUUGGAACUGGUUAUUGCUUUUCUGGGCGCAGUAGUGGUCAUCCUCACAGCUGUGAUUAUUUAUCUCGCCAAAAUGCUGCAUUUCAAUGCUCGAUUAUUGUUAAUUGCCUACUGCGCCAGUUAUGCGGUUACUAACAUUGGAUUGAUCCGACUAUCUGGCUACAUCUUAGCGUCCAUAGCGCUCAGCGAUCAGCGUCUUCGCUGCCACAGACUCACUUUUUCCAUGGAGCACUGCAGAGAAUUACAACGAAUUUAUCAAACUGGCGCAAUUCUUAUUACAUUUUCAACGGUGACUAUAGCCAUUGAGCGAGCCAUUGCAACAAUUCUGUUCAAGACUUAUGAGAGUAAAAGCAGGAAAUGGAUUGGAAUACUUCUGAUCGGCUUGCAGGUACCUCUGCGUUUGAACUGGUUAACUGGUUUACUUUAA